AUGCAGCAGCAGCAGCAGCAGCAGCACCAGCUGCUCCCAGGGCCUCCUCCUCAAGCUCUAGGGGCCCCUGAGCUUCAGCGUCACAUGGGGGAGCACUAUCGGGGGCCCCUGGUGCAGCCUGCUGAUCUUGCUGGAGUGUACAGACAGCAGCAGCAGCAGCAGCAGCAGCAGCAGCUACAUUGGUCUCACCCGCGUGUUAUGCAGGGCCCUUCCUUUGUUAAUCCUCCUGUGCAGCCCGGUGUAUGGGCAGCCGCCAACAGCAAUAAAGGGCCCAACCCUUUUCGACAGCCUGCAGACCCUCUGGGGUAUCACAGAGGCGCAGCUAGCUGCCAGCUAGCUGGAGGAGACAGCUCGAACUACCUAUCAAGCAGCGCAGGAUCAGGUGUCUCUGAUGCUGCUUCAAGGGGGCCUCCUCAGGCUAUUCCGCUGCAGCAGCAGCAACAGCAGCUGCUGCUGCAGCAGCAUCAGCAACAGCAGCAACAGCAACGACACUGGCAGGACGCUGGCAGCAGCACAGCUCCUCUUCCCCUGGGGGGAGAGCAGCAAAACGCUGCUGUUGCACCUGCUGCUGCUGCUGCUGCCGCUGCUGCUGCUGCUGCUGCCGCUGCUGCUUUGCAGCAGCACCACCAGAACUACCAACAGCCGGGGCAUGGGCAGCAGCGCCAGCAGCAGCACCCGCAGCAGCAGCAGCAGCAGCAGCGUACACAUUUUAAUGUCUCUGGAGGAGGCUCAUAUAGGGGGGGCUCUUACCCGCAUACAAGCGAGAGACGAGACUCCAGCGGCAGCAGGCUGUAUAUGCAGCAACAGCAGCAGCAGCAGCAGCCGCAGCAGCAACAGCAGCAGCAAAAGCAGCAGAUGGGGGGAGGUUGGAUGGGGGGAGGAGGCUGGGGCAACAGAGGGAAUGCAGCAGCAGCAGCAGCAGGAGCUGCAGCAGCAGCAGCAGCAGGAGCUGCAGCAGCAGCAGCAGCAGAAGGGACAGGCAGCACCAUGCCCUUUCUGCAGGGCGUUGAGGUGUCUGAUGAACUCGCGGGUAUCGCAGGCCUCGGCGGUGGGGGGGAGGGCCUAGAGAGCAGCAGCAGCAGCAGCAGCAGUAGCAGCAGCAAAGGUUCUUUCUUCUACGAUCCCCAGAGGGACCCGCGUUUAAUGCAGCAGCAGCAGGGCCAUCGCUCCCGUCUGCUGCGGCAGCAGCAGCAGCAGGGGACAGGUCGGUCUGCGUCCGUGUCUGCAGCAGCAGCAUCAGCGGCAGCAGCAGCAGCAGCAGCAGCGCAUGCAGCACAGAAGGGGGAGAGCAGCAGCAGAAGACCUGCACCGGGGCCCUUCGCUCUCGAUGAGGGGGCCCUGGUGUUGAUGAGGCCAAAGGAUUUGCACCUGGAGAGCCCGCUGCCGCUCGAGGUAGAUGUGUUUGAUGGUGCAGCAGAUAGCAGCUGGGAGUCGGCCCCCUCCGAGGGGCUGCGCUCAGCUUGGCGUUUGCCUUUAGAGAGACUGCGGCCUCUGCUUUUAAUUGAUCGACUCGCACCUGAAGAAGAACCCUGGAUACCAGGAACAGAGAAGGUCUCUGUGAUAGGCUUGCCUUCAGAUGUACGUACACCUCAAGCUGCUGCUUUAAUUGCGGGGGUUUGGCUGCGCUCUUUGGGCUCUUCACCCGAGGAGACAGCAGAUGAAGGCCUGCAUAGACUGAGAGGCGUCUCUCCUCUGACGUCUUCAUCCUAUCUAGCAGAACCCCCCAGCAGCAGCAGCAGCAGCAGCAGCCAGCAGCAACAGCUCAAGCAGCAGCAGCAGCAGCUGCUGCUGCUGCAGCAGCAGCUGCAGCAGCAGAAACUUUCCAGCUGCGUCUCUUCUUUGGGGCCCCCACUGUCUCCUUCAGAUGAAUUAGCAGAGCUGCUUGAGUUGUCUCCUCGGGGUCAGCAAUUAGGAGACAGCAAAGGAGACAUUUUCGUCCCUUCCUGCAGCAGCAGCAACAACAGCAGCAGCAGCAACAGCAGCAACGGUUCUCUUGCGGGCAGCAGCAGCAAGCAGCAAAGGCUGCUGCAGUUCCUAGGCAUCAAGCAUGUGUCUCUUCUUCUAGGAACGGAUUCAAGCGCUCUUAACUCCUUGCCGCCCACUGCCCUUAGACAGAACACAACCCCAUCUGUCUCUGCUGCUGCUGCUGCUGCUGCUGCUGCGCCGGGGGCUGCUGCAGGGGCUGCUGCAGCCCCCAGCAAUGGGAUGCCCUCAGUUGUGCUGCUGCAAACAGAAAAUGAAGAAGCAGCCAAACGCCUCUGGCUCGUCUUCUCCUCAGGAGAAUGCAUGGUGUAUGGCUUUACCUUGAUAAUGCUGCCCGACCCAACAGGUCUACGGGCUCUCUGUGAAGCUGCAGCAGCAACAUUCUCUUUAACAGAUUUGUUGGCGGUGCAGCAGCGGCUGCAGCGGCAGCAGCAGCAACAACAACAGCAGCAGCAACAGCAGCAGAAGAGUGGGGGCCCUGUUACAGCAGUGUUGCCUUACACCUCAGAAGAAGACCUGCCGCUGUUGCAGCAGGUAGCUCCACAGUUGUGUGCAGCAGCUUCUGUUGCUGCUGACGCAUGCUGCUGUUUGCUGCAGUUCGGAUGUAUGGACGCUGCGCUGCAGCGUGCUGCUGUCUCCUGCCGCUUUAAAACCCCAGAUGGAGGGGCUGUUCUAGCGCUGCUCCUUGCUGUAUCUACGCAGCAGCUGCAGGAGCAACAGCAGCAACAGCAGCAGCAGCAGCAGCAAACUAUGCGCUGUGCGGUUUCCGCACUCCGGCUGCUCCCGGCGGUCAUCCGGCUGCCGUCACCUCCUGGGGCAGCAGCAGCAGCAACAACAGGAGCAGCAGCAGCAGCAGGAGCUGCUGCUUCUGCUGCUGCUGCUGCUGCUCAGAAGCCGCUGCAGGACACGGAGGGCCUUCCUCCUGCAUUUGCUGAGGCUGUUGUCAGCGCCACGCGCAGCUUAAAGUCAGAAGCAGCAGCAACAGCAACAGCAGCAGCGGCAACAGCAGCAGCAGCAACAGCAGCAACAGCUACAGCAGCAGCAGAAGCAGCAGGAGCAGCACGAAAGCCGACCCCCGCUGAAGCAACAUCGGCAACAGCAGCUGGUGUUGCUGCUUCUGCUACCAGCACCAGCACCAGCAGCAGCCGCAGAGCCUCGCAGCAGCAGCAGUUGAAAGCUGCAUGCGCUUCAGCAACAGAUGCUAGCGUUAAGUUAAUAUCUGCAGCAUCUGCUGCUGUUGCCGACCGCAGCCACAGCAGCAGCAGCAGCGUGGAAGUUGCUACUUCUGCUGCUGCUGACUCCGCUGCAGCAGCAGCAGCAGCAGCAACCCCGAGCAAAGCAGCAGCAGGGGCCAUGAGCCGCGCUGCAGCAAAAUCUCGCCCAACAAUGCAGCCCCACCAGUCCUCUGCCACUCCUGCUGCUGUUGCUGCUGCUGCUGUUGCACAGAAGCAAGUCCCCCGCAAGCGGCUGCGCCGUCUGCUGACGAGCAGCAGCAGCAGCAGCAGCAGCAGCAGCAGCAGCUCGGAAGAAGAACAAGGCCCAAGGCCACAGCAGCAAACCCCUCGUCAGCAGCAGCAGGACAAGCAGCCACACCUGCAGCAGCAACAAAAAGAGCAGCUGCAACAGCAAAAAGAGCAGCUGCAACAACAGAAAGAGCAGCAGCAACAGGAACAGCAGCAGCAACAGGAACAGCAGCAGCAACAGCGACCGGAGAAACAGCAGCAGCAGGCGGAGCAGCAGCAAUUGCAGGAACAGCCAUCUCAGCAGCAACAACCUCAGGAGCAACAGCGCCAGCAGCAGCAGCAACAGCAGCAGCAGCAACAGCUCGUGCAGCAGGAGCCUCGGAGGCCCCAGCCAGCAGCAGCAAAGGCUUCACCCAAAGUACCGAGGCUGCUUGCUGCUGCACGUCGGGCGCCUGCGGUGUCUUCAGCUGCCACAGCAGCAGACUCUGCGUCUCCCUUUCGUGUUGCUGCUGAUAAGGCUGCUGCUGCUGCUGGAGCAGCAGCAGCAACAGCAGCAACAGCGGCAGCAAAAGAAUCAGGGGCAACCCAAACAUCACAAGCAUCGGCAGCACCAGAAGAAGCGACAGCGGCGGGGCCCCCAGACAAAACAGCAGCAGCAGCAGCAGAACCAACAACUGCAGCAGAAGCAGCAGCCGCAGCAGCAGCAAAACAGCAGGCUGACCGGCGGCGGCGGAAGCGAGUUGAAGGGACUCCUGAGCGCGCUGAGGAGGAGUCUGAAGCAGCAGCAGCAGCAGAUGCAGCAGCAGAUGCAGCAGCAGCAGCAGCAGCAGAUACGAAAGGAAGCAGGGGAGGAGGCCGUGGUUCAGGCAGAGGGUCCAGAGGCAGCAAACGCGCAAGGAGAGGUAGGCCCCCAGGGGGCCCCAUUCGGGUGUCUCCUCGCCUUGCUGGAGAGACACCUAUAUUAGGCUUCGGUAUGUGGGCCCCCCCCAACUGGAGCAAUACCCAGACAGCAGCAGGAGCAGACGCAGCAGCAGCAGCAGCAGACGCAACAGCAGCAGGAGCAGAAACGGACGCAGCAACAGCAGCAGCAGCAGCAGCAGCGGCAGCAGCAGCAGCAGCCGCAGCAACACAUGGUGCUGCGCCUGCUCUUGAGCCCCUUACAGAGGCGGCCUGGAUUGAUGCCAGUAGCACCAGCAGCAGCAGCAGCGACAGCAGCAGCAGCAGCAGCAGCAGCAUCCCAUUCAGCAGCAGGGCUUCUAGUGAUUGCCGCAGUAAGCAGCAGACAGCAGAAGCCACUCGAGGGGCCCCCAACGAGACUGUGGAGGCCCCCGAGCCUCCUGGGGGCCCUAAGAGUGCUGCUGCUGCCUCCUACACUGCUAUCACCCCAGCAGCAGCAGCAGCAGCAACAGCAGCAGCAGAGAAUGAUGCAGCUGCAGCAAGAUGGAGCCGAGGGUCCGAUGGCCCGCCUACAGAAACCAGCAGAUCCGGGCCCGGAAGGCGUCGCCGUGGGGGCCUCAGCAGGAGGACUAGCGAGACAGGAGACCCCAGAGACAGCAGCAGCAGCAGCAGCGGCAGCGGCACAGAUAGCAGCAGCAGCAGCAGUACAGAUGGCAGCAGCUGCAGUAGCAGCAGCAGUUGCAGUACCGACAGCAGCAGCAGUAGCAGCAGUUGCAGUACCGAUAGCAGCAGCAGCAGCAGCAGCAGCCACAGCAGCAACAGCAGCAGAGGCAUAGCACCUGCUUCAUUCAUAAUUGCUGCUGACAGCCAGAGUCUCUCUGCAAGUAUAGAGGAGGGAGAUAAGGGUACAGCAGCAGGAGCCCCCCCUCGCCGAGGGGUGCGGGGGCGGCCGCGCCUAAGAGGCGUUGGGGGGGCCCCCAGAGGAGUUGUGGGGCCCCCCAGGGGGGGAGGAGGAGCCCCCAGGGGAGGUGUGGGGUGCCCUAGGGGAGGCGGGAUCGCCUCAAAGGGAGGCGGAUCCCAGCAUGUCUCCUCCCCUGGAGGUGUCCGGCGCUCGCAGCGGUUUGCCUCUGCUUCUGGGGAAGCAGAGGCCGCAUGA